UCGUGGCAGGCAAGAGCGAACGCGGGGCUGGCAGCUCUGAGCGGUGUGGAGCGUGUCCGCCAGUGUCCGUGUACAUCCGUGUGUGUGUGUGUGUGUGUGUGUGUGUGUGUGUGUGUGUGGUCUUCACAGGUGAACGACGUGCGUGGGUCUGGCGUUUGCUUCCACGGGUGUCCCUGUGCGGUGCGCCUGUGACGGAGGUUGGGCUGUGUCGGGGACUCCCGGCGGAGACAGAGCGCAGUGCGAGGAGCCGCGCUCCCCGCGGGUUGAAACGAAGCUGCGGCGAGGGGAGGCGUGGACCCGUGCGCCCCAGACCCCGGCGCGGCUCGCUGUGGCGGCGAGCGGAUGAAGCCCCUGAGCGCCGAGCCCCGGGAGGAGCGGAGAACGCCGAGCAGAGCAGGUUCACUCGCGAUCCGCUCCCGGGCAGCUCUCGGAUCCAAUCGGUGCCGUCUCCGCCCAGACCCCCGAGGUCUGGGUCCCCGACGCCUCCGUGUCCGCCACCAGCUGGGCGCUGAGGUCAGCGCGGGCUGUGUCGCCGGUCCUUGGGAACGUGUUGGGACACGUCCUUUAAGCGCAAUCGAGGAGGUGACUCACGGUGACAAGGAGACCCCGGGAAACGGACUGGGUGAGGUCAGAGCCCCGCCCGGGCUGGGGGAGAGUGGCCCCCCAGAAGUUGGCUUCCCGGCCCUCCGCGGUCUCUGUCCCCGCAUCGGCACAGUGACUAUUUGGCUGGCACACAGCGUUCCCAGGGAAGCCGGGACAUCAGGAGGGCCAGGACUGGGUGUCCGGUCCCCGCCUCGGAGCGCACCCUCGGGGACCCAGAGCGGUGGCCCCGCGCGGGGUGGGCUCGCGCCAGCCAGUCAGUUCGAGAAGAGCAGGAGUGGAACACACCUCUCUUCCAUCGCGCCCGCAGAACCCCCGACCAGCCUGCCCUUGGGUCGGGGCGCGGGACUCCGCCGCGGGCUCGGAGCCCUGCACUGCCGGGCAGCGGGGCGUGCAGUCCACGCCCGGGGCGGGGGGACGCGGAGAGGUCACAUUGGAGGGUGGGACUUCGGGGGGCGCGACGCUGCUCAGGGACUCUGGCAGCCGCAUCGGGGAGCUCCCGGCGCCCCCCACCAAAAUGCUCUCUCCGAGGGCGAAAGGUCUGAGCGGAGCAGGAGGACGAGUCCUUCGGGCGCCGCCGCCCAGCGCGGGCCACAGUGCAUCCGCCCAGUCGGGGGCCCUCGGGGGACACUGGCGCCCUCCUCGUGCGAAAAAAAAUCUGGGAAUUGGAUUUGGCACUUUAGGGUGCCCAGGCAGCUCACCCGCCCCUUCCCUCCCUCCACGUCGCCUUUCGAGUAGGACUUUCGAGCGGUUUUGUUUCCCUUGCUUUCGUCUAUUUUUAUUUUCCAGGGAUCUGACUCAUCCCGUGCUUUGGGCGUGGAGAGAAGGUGGAGGGACCAAACCUCUGCGCGCCUGUGCGUGCGGAGUGUGUGUAUGUGUGUGUGUGUGUGUGUGUGUGUGUGUGUGUGUGUGUCAGUCACAGAGGAGCGCGCGGUUUCCCAACAGUGGCGGGGCUUUCGGAAGCCUGGCUGGCUCAGCGUGACGUGUUUGCGGCCCCCGGUCCCCCUCCUUCUCCCCCCUCCCCACCCGAGGGUGACGCUGCAGCCUGAGUGGAAGCGAAGUUUUGGCGGGCGGGGAGCACUUUGCAGGAAACUGACUCAUCACAACUCCCUGCUGCUGUCCAAGGCUCUGCCCACGCACCGCCGACCCUGCGCGUGAUUUCCUGGAGACCAGCGCCCCCUUCCGGCCCCGGCGCGAAUAGCAAACACGCCUUCCCGCGGAAUGCGGCUUCGCCCGCCUUUCCUUCCCGCCUCAGUUCUCCUGGGCUGAGCCGCAUCUGCGAACGCCCCUUAAAAAGAGUACCCCAUUGAUUGGUUCAACAGUGUGUACUGAGUGCUUACUGUUUACUUCAGAAUUAAAGUUGGUUGAAGUCUAAGGCACCAAGGCCAACAAAGGAAGUUAUUUUCAGUUACUUGUUUGUAAAACAAGAGUUUCUGUUUCUGAGUUUUCCCUGAACGGGGCGUUUCGAUAAUGGGAGUGAGAUCAGAUUUUGAUGGGGAGCCUAUGAGAGUCAUAAGGGCAGGGCUGGUAGGAGAGAGGAUCCCUGCCUGGAUUCUGGUCCCAUCUUCAGCUCCUAGAAGCCAGGGAAUAUCCCAACUUCCUGACAAAAGCCUAGGCAGGCUCCUCCUCCUUGUGCCAAUGAGACACUGAGACCCAGAAUGUGCGUUUGGGGCAUCUCUGUGUACCCUCCCUUGAAUGGCACCCCAAGAGUGCCCAUCUGCGGAACUGCCAAACACCUGCUUAAAUCCUGUUUAAUUUGAGUUAAGUUAAUCUGGGGAGAGAGGGACCUAUCAAUCUGUAUUUUUAAAAAGCUCCCUAAGUGAUUCUGCUGGGCGGAAUCACAAAAACCCCUUCCCGGGCUAGGAACACAAAACUAGAGAGGGAGUGUGGAUGAACACCAGAGCACAGAACCCACAGGAAACAGGCCUGGCUUCAAAUCCUGGCUGUGUCACUUGUGAGUUGUGUGACCUUGGGCAAGUUACUUAACUUCUCAGAGGCUUAGUUACUUGUGUUAAAAAAAAAAAAGACCAAAUAUACCCACUCUUUAGGAAAAUUAACAUUUGUAAACUUCUUAGAACAGCCCCUGGCACAUAAAAAUAUAUAAAGAAAUCCCCACCCUUGCCCUAAAGAGAGUGGGUGAGGGUUAUUUGAGGGCUCUGCCCACUGCACUGCAUAACCCUUCUACAGGGCAGUGGCCCUUGGCUUUUUUAGUUUUCUGAUUAGGGGGCAAGCCUCAUAUCUCUCCAAACUCUUGCCCUUUAAACUUGGUCUGAGGUCACCUAGUGCCUCCCCCUCUCCCAUAAGCUGUGAGAGGUGGGGUGGGGGAGGGGUGACUGGGGCAAGGGUCCAGGGCUUCCUGCCCCAGGAGGUCACUCAGCAGAGCUUUCACCCUCUGAGCCUGCAAAGCAGGACUUGUCCUCAGGAAGACCCAGUCUUGCCAAGGCUGCACAGCCGCUCAGCCCUGGCGUCAGGCCAGAGCAGGGCAGGUGGGUGCCAGCACCUCGUCAUGAGCAGACUCACCCUCAGUUUUGCCUCUUCUGAAGUGGGAGGAGAGGAACCGGGUAGACCGGCCACCUCUGAUUUUCUGUGCCUGCUGAACGGGUUCCUUGGAUGCAGCUAACAGGGGGCAGGGGCUUCCAGGCUGUCUAGACUUCAGAUCACCUGAUGUGCCUGGCAGGAUGUGGCUCAGCCUGGGAGAAAUCAUCACCCUGCCCUGCCCUGCCCAGCCCCUCCUCACCCCCAGGCCUCUCUCGCCUGAUGACAUCCUUGGGAAAGGCGCUCAGCACACAGCACCUGUCAGCUGCUGUCUGAAGGAGGUGGUGGCCAGGGAGAACGACGUGGAGAAGGCUCAGGAAGAACUGAACACAGAGAGAAAUAAUAACACUUCUGUUUUCCAAACACUCUUAUAUACCAGCUGCUCCUCUAAGCAUGUUACCUACAGUAACUCCAUUAAUCCUCACGUAUGUCCUCUGAGACAUGCACUAGUACUGUCUCCAUUUUACGGAUGAGGAAAAUAGAGCCCAGAGAAGUUAAGCUACUUGUCCAGGGUCGCCCAGCAGAGCCUGGAUUCCAAUCCAGGCAGUCCCGCUCCAGGGCCCUGGCUGUAAACCACAAGAUACAGCCUCUCACCUCUGGGUUCUAUUGCCUUGCCUGAUGAAGGGACUCCCUGGCCAAGUGCUUGACCAUGCUUCCACAGCCCCAUUUUAUAGAUGAGAAAACGGGCCCAGAGACAUUAAGUGACUUUUUAUUUUUUUUAAUUCAAAAAAAAUUUUUAAAGUGACUUUUUAAAGUUUAUGUAGUAAGCAGCAGAGCUAGGACUAGAUCUUAGGUGUUUUUUUUUGUUUGUUUGUUUGUUUGUUUUUAAUCGCAAAGUCCAGGGUACUUUUGAAUUUCAGAACAGAGUUAUCCCACAUGGGCAUCUGGGUAGAGGAAUUCAGGAGGCCAGAGGAGCAGUCAGCCUGUCAUUUCACUCGGGACCUGACCUUUUGGCCAGGGCUGGGGUUGGGAAACUACUGGACUCUGGCAAUUCACACGUACUUGGGGCAUUCACGCCCAUGAGGGACACCUCGGGGGGAAACAAAUUGAUUUUAGCUGAUAAUACCCAGUGGUAAACAGGACUCUGAUCCCUGCUAUUGCAAUAAACUUGUCUUUGUUGACAUAACUUGUCCUUCAGCUGCCCACUCCCCCAGUGACCUGGGGGUGCCAGGAUGGCUGAGCUCUGUCCCCACCCCGUGGCUGUUGACUGGGGGUUGGGGAUGGCCUGUGGGAAGGAGAUGGUGGCAAACCAGCUGGAAGGGGCCAGGGAGACCUCGUGUUCUAGGAGGAAGACGUCACCCAAGCUCUCACAGCAAAGCGCGGCCUGGUAAGGUAGGGCGCAAUUUCUUGAGUGACUGGCGCCUUGUG